AUGUCUCCAACAGAUACCCGGAAAUGCCCGAAAUGCCAGGGCCCGGUCCAGGACUCAUGUAUUGACCAGAAACACAUAGGACCGCUGCCUGUUUUACCAGUGAACGUUGGACCCAUACAAACACAACAGAGCGAGAGCAAUACGCCGUCGAAUCCCACGCCCCGAUGCCCUACCUGCACCCAGACAAUCCGGCCGGAGUGUCUUAUCAAUAGCCAUAUUGUCCCUUGUAGGGCAUGCGGAUUGUCCUUUGCCUAUUGUCCACCCUCACCAGAUGAAUCUACCGAACCGUCCUACCUAGACUGGGACUACAAAGACGCUAUGAAUUGGCUUGAGAGUCAGUCUACCGAUGAAGCCAACCCGGAUACGACGAAUACGACCAAGGACAGCGGUGAUACGGCUACAUUCGCGCCUCCCACUACGCACGCCUGUAUUGCUCGCAAACUGGAGAGGAGAAAGGAAAAUAAUAGCGAAAAUAGACGAGUUAUAAUUGCUGGACAUUUGGAAUGGGAGAGGACAUUGAAUUCCCUUCGACAGAUGACUCCCCUCGCAGACGAGGUUUCUGCAGCUGUUCGUGCUCUGGUGGCCUUGAAGAAGGAAUGUGAUGCCACGCAUGACAUGCUGGAACUGGUUAGGAUGAGCGACCCGGCAAGGGAAAGUGAUAGUUAG